UUGACUCUUAUUGUUUCAAUUUUAUAUCUUUUCAAUAUACGUAAGAAUAGAUUAAGUUCUGCUUUAUUUGUACUACAUUACUAUUGCCACAUCAUCAACUGUAUGAUGAAAUGGGAACACUGUAAUUGCAAUUGGAAAAAGGUUUUCACCAUUUUGGUCAUUUUUGCACUACUCACUUCACUAGUGAUAUAUCAUUCACCGCGACUAUCUAUAAGACAAUUUCAAUCUAUUCCAACCACAAAAUCGUCUGUCUGGUUGAAUAAAAUAAAGCAUGCAAGGGAACAAGAAGAAACCAUUAAAUUCUUGGAAUCUUCAACUGAAAAAGGAAACCUGAUUGAUGAUAAAUUUGGCAAAGUGAAUUUUGACAUCAAUGGUUCUGAUGUUUUGGUAUUUCUACAUAUGCAAAAAACUGGUGGAUCUGAGUUUGGGAGGCAUCUGGUUUCCAACCUAAUUUUAAGUAAAGAAUGUGAUAUACUCGAACAUAGAAAAAGAAGAAAUUGUUUGCGACCUAACUCUGAUGUUGAAACAUGGAUAUUUAGUCGGUAUUCAACUGGUUGGGCAUGUGGACUACAUUCUGGCUGGACGGAUCUUCAUGAAUGCAUCGCAGACAAAAUGACAGAUCUAGAAAAAGUUGAUAAAAAGAGAAACUUCUUCUAUGUAACUAUGUUGAGAGAUCCAGUUAAACGAUAUUUGAGUGAAUGGAAGCAUGUGCAACGUGGAGCUACUUGGCGAACUACUCGUUAUGCUUGUAAAGGUAGAGAAUAUGAUAUUCCCAAAUGCUAUACAGGCAACGAUUGGCGAGAGGUAUCUCUACAGCAGUUCAUGUCAUGCCAAUACAAUAUGGCACAUAACAGGCAAACUAGAAUGCUUGCGGAUCUCAGACUUGCUAAUUGUUAUCAGAGAUGGUCAGACAAAAAUAUGACUGUUACUCAGAUUAAACAAAUUGAAAACGAUAUGUUAAAAAGUGCCAUGGAUAAUUUGAGGGAUAUGACCUUUUUUGGAUUGUUGGAGCAGCAAGAAAAAUUUCAAAAACUUUUUGAGUACAUAUUCCCAUUCAAGUUCAAAAACAAUUUUGUUCAAAGCAACAUGACUCGUGUAUCUACGUUUGUGCCAACGAAGGAAGAAAUAGACGAGAUACUGGAGUUGAAUUAUUUGGAUGUGAAAUUGUACGACUUUGCAAAGAAACUUUUCGAACGAAGAUACAUCCGAAGUAUAUCUUGAAAGUUUGCUCUUUAUUUUAAAUCUUGUAUUUUUAUCAAUAAUGUGCAUGUACGUAAACAUUUCCAACACUGUGAGAUUUUUUCUUUGUACUGAUAUUUUCACUUACAGUAAUUUUUUUUAUCAAUGCUAACUAAUCAUAAUUGUGCUAAAUAGUGUUGUGGUGCCUUAUCACAUUUCUUUACUU